UUCCACAUUGUUCGAGAAGGUCCGCCAUGACAGCUGAUGUAUUCAUCAUCGCUUGACAUUUUAUCGGAACAUGAUAUUUUGUAAAAUUUAUUUCAUCAAAUGGCAGACUCUUUUUUCGGAUUUGAUACUUCUGUACCAGGUGGUGGCCUAGAUGACGCUAUAGAAUGUCCGCUAGACGAGGACGAUAUCGUCGAAGAGGACGAGUACGAUGCAUUGAACGACGAGACAUUUGGCUCGGCUACCGAUGAUGAUUGGGAGAAGAAUCAUGAAAAAUUAGCCCAAAUUGCUGAGUCUACAAGAUUGCAAAAGCAAUUGAUUAAUCACAAGAAUGGCAUUGACGUGGAUAUCGAAGGAAGUUUUCCUCACUUGGUCAUGGACGAGAAAGACGGCAUUGUCCCAAGACCCGGAGUAUGGGACAGCCCAUCAAACUUCCCCGUAGUCCCACCAAAUCCAUCUCUACCAGUGGCCUUGAAAAACGUUUGCACCGUCGAAGAAUUAGAGCGUGGAUUACGACCACCUCCCGGUCUAGUAAAACCAUCAACACCACAGCCAACAAACAUAAAUAUCGUAAACAAUAUCAACACAACGACAAACCAAACUCCGUCUGCACAGCAAUUACCACUACCCCGACCGGGGGGUCAAUUUUCUCUAGACUACCCAAUGAUAAAUGACCUAACCGCCAAUUUACGUGCAAACUUACUAAACAACAUGCCGCGAUUUCCACCGGGUCUCACCAUGCCCGGCCAACACCAACACCAACACCAACACCCAGUGAUCCUUCCACCAAACGUGCGACUGCCAAACGCACCACUGUUGCCAAAUACUCGACCUUUGGCUGGGAAUCCAGCAGCAACCGCAGCCGCAGCUGCAGCCGCAGCGGCUAAUUUACUGAGAUACCCUUUGCCGCCGCAUUUAAUGAUCCCUCACAAUAACCAGCGGCAGCCAAUGCACGGUAAUUUUUCAGUCGGUAAUUUUCCUCAACCACCGCGACCUAAUUUACCGCCUAAUUUACCUCAAUUUAUGCGACCAGAGCACCCUCUGAUGUCGGCGUUCCCUAAUAAUUUACCGAACCAUCACCCACAUCAUCAACAGCAACAACAUAUUCAACAACAGCAGCAGCAGCAGCAAAAUCAGCUUCAUCUUCAUCUUCAACAGCACCAACAGUCUAAUAAUCAGCAGCGGAAUCACAACAGACCAACUUAUCAAACAAACGAUCAAUCUUCAUCAAAUAAUCAUCAACCAUUUUUCAAAAAUAACCAAAAUUGGAACCAAAAUCGGAAUAAUCAAAGGUACCAUCAUAAUAAUUACAAUAAUUACCACAACGGAUUAAACGAAAACGGAGAGUACGACGAAUACGCAGGUAUGAUGAGCAAUCGGGAAAAGCAAUGGCUGAUUAACAUUCAGCUGAUGCAGCACAACACUAAUCAGCCGUACUUUGAUGAUUAUUACUUCACUGUAUUUUGUGAUCGUCAGAAUAAAAAAAAUAAUGAAAGUCCGGAUAAUAAGGAUAAUAAAAAACAAAAUAAAAAUGGAUACCGUGAUAGAGAUAAGGAUCAGUCUCAGCAUAUUUUGACAAAAGUAGUCUACACUCCGACCCAGUUUGAAAACUCACUUGGUAAAUUGCAGUGUGGAAGUGUCACCGCUCCGAGGAAAAUAAUUGACAUGGAUGUGGUGGCUAGCAGUGAUCCGCAGCAGAAUCAGGCGUCGCAGCACAAAGAUAUGAAGAAGGCAAGGCAAAGAUUGUUGGAGAUAGAACGCUUGUAUACGGUUCAGCUGAAGCUUGAGGAUGUUAAUAAUCCUUUGGCUUUGUUGGCUGAGCAGCAAGCUCUUCAACAGCAGCAACAGCAGCAGCAGCAAGUGGAUCAGGAGCCUGAAAAGCCAGUGAAGAAAACUGCGGCAGAACUGAUCAAUAUUAUGCUAACUUCGAUACUCCAAUUGUUAAAAGAAGAUAAAUUGUCGAGUAUUUUGAGCAUCAGAAAGGGAAAAGCUUUGUUGUUACGGUUUUUACCGUUUCUCAGUGUUACUGAGUACACUCAGCAGCUUGGGGAAUUCUGGGUGGGAUUCAUUCGUGGUCUGGCGGUUAUUAGUCGUCGAGAUGCUAAUAUUCUUAUACGGUUUUUUCCGGAGUUUCAUAGGUGGAUUGAAACUGUUGAUGGGUUUGAGGUUUUACUACGCUUGGCUAAAGGCUUUUUAGAUUCUGUCAAUCAGCCAAAUAAGAAUAAUAAUAGUUUGGCGCUGGCUGUUACAAAUAAGUUUGGAGUAUCCGUGCUAGCCUCGCUAUUGGAAAGAGCAGAAACUUUGUAUCCUAACGAAGACAACGCAUCAUGUAGUGAAUGGUCAUCAUUCAUCGUAACACUAGCAGACACUAUUGGAUCAUCACCACCAAGUAUUGCACCCUGUCAUCCGAUUCCUGCAAACACACUCAAUGAGCACUUGCAAAGAAUUCGUGGUCUUACAAUUGAAAGGUAUGCGCCAUUAGAAUCUUUAUUAACAGAUGCUAAUCUAUCUCGAUAGACUGAUCUUAUUAAACCUGUCGGUUAAUAUUUAACUUUAAUCAUUAUUUUUUUUUUUUCUUGUCUACCCUCGCAAUACAUUUAAUUUCUCACUCAAAAAGUUUAUUAUUAUUUUUUCAUUUAUUAAUUUACAAUAAAAGCGUUCUUCCAUCCAUGGGAUGUAAAUAGUAAUUGUGAUUUGAAAAAAUAAAAACCAUGACUUUUUUGGUUGAACAAUUGUAAGUUGGAAAUUUUUUUUUGUCAUUUAAGUAAUUAAAAAACGAAA